AUGGUGCUGCAAAGUCAUAAUAAUAAUUCCUCUUAUAUUUUCCUAUAUACAAUCAUCACAAAACUCUCACAAAUAACAAUAUUAUUUCUUUACAGAUGUGCAAUCAUUACUUCCUUGAGUCUAGGAACAAAACAUGUUUUCAAUUGUAAAGCAAUGAAUGGAAGAUAUGUAACGAUAAUUUAUCCAGGGAGAGAAAAGGUUUUAUCAUUUUGUGAUGUGAAAAUCCUUGUUAAAACCUGGAAUUCAGAAAACAAGGUUUUCAAUGGAAACUGUUAUACUUUGUAUUCAAACUCCUUUGAUGACCAACAAAUAACCAAGAAUCAUGGAUCUGAAGGAUUAUAUGCUUAUGAUGUCAAACAGAACAAUUUUGCUCCAGUGCUAUCAAGGGGAAAACCUGCCUUCCAGUCCAGUACCUUCCGUCACUUAGGGUCUCCUGAAAGAGCUGUAGAUGGAUAUCUAUUCAGCGAUUUUGAAAAGGGUUCCUGUAUUCAAACACACAAAGAGAAUGAUCCCUGGUGGAUGGUAGAUUUGGGUUUGACAGAAACGGUGGAAUCUGUGGCAAUCACUACCCGAAAAGAUUGUUGUACUGAAGAAUUACAUGGAGCAUUGAUCCUGGUGGGAGACUUCCCUGAUAAUGGUGGUACAUUCAAUUCUAGGUAUGAGUCAAACUUUCAUUUCUUGAAAAUAAAACAAGAUAAUAUUUGUAAGUGAUUUGCAAACUUUUGUAAAGCAAUAUACAAAUGUUAGCUACUACAUAAUAUUAUUAAAAGCAGAUAUUUUAGCCAAAUAUGUAUUUUGACUCCCUU